ACUCCGUCAGAUGUAAAAAAAAAAAACAGAACAUGGCUGACUUUGGAGCCGUCCUCAGGCACGUCGGAGAUUUCAGAACCUUCCAGAAGCUCGUCAUUUGUGCUGUAUCUUUCCCGACAGUUAUACUACCUUUCGAAUUCGCCUGCUUACUCUUCAUCCAGCCGGACCCGGAGCGGCACUGCGACACGGACUGGAUCCUGAAGGUUGACGCUAACCUGACCCGGCAGGAGCAGCUGAACCUGACCGUUCCCCUGGAGCGGGACGGUUCUUUCAGCAGGUGUCGCAUGUUUGUGCCGGUGGACUGGGACAUCGGGACCAUCAGGGGACGCGGACUCGACGAGACCACGGUGUGCCAGAACGGUUGGGUGUACUACAGUGAACUUUAUACAGCCACCAUAGUCACUGAUUUUGAUCUGGUAUGUGAUUGGGCUCAUUUACCACAAUUGGCACAAACCGUUUUGAUGACAGGAAACCUGGUUGGUUGUCUCUUGUUUGGACCUUUUGCCGAAUCGUUUGGUCGCAGACGAGCAGUUCAAAUUCCGAUGGUUGCAAACCUCAUUUUUACUGUCACCAGUGCCUUGUGCACCAACUUCCUGCUCUUUCUGCUCUUCCAGUUUUUGAUUGGCGUUGGCUACGGAGGUUUUCGGAUGAAUUCAGUCAUAUUAGUCACAGAGUGGAUUGGUCCGUCCAAGAGGUCUUGGGGAGCAUGCGUGACCCAACUAUCUAGUUCAGUUGGACAGGCCAUCCUUGCCGGUCUGAUCUACGUCAUCAGAGACUGGAGACUGGCUCAGUUUGUCACCGCAGUUCCACUGGCAGUCAUUUGUAUUUAUAUAUGGUUCCUUCCAGAGUCCGCCAGGUGGUUGUUGGGCAGAGGGAGGACGGAAGAAGCUAAGGAGUUGCUGUUAAAGGUGGCGGCUGUCAACAAACGCACCGUCACAGAUUCUCUCCUGGAAAAGGCACUAAAAUCUAUUGACCGAGAUAGAUAUCUACAUAUAUCCAUAUUCACGAGUUAUUUCUAAUUUUCCAGAGUCAUAUUUGAAAAUAGCUAAUGUUUUUCCAUUUGUGCUCUUUAUGGUUGGCUGCUAAGUAGUGUGCAUGUGUUAACCUUGAAGCUGUAGGAAUGAGGCGAGUGGCGAUUGGCGUAUUGAAAAAGACAAAACUUCUGGAAGGUUUUCAGACCAAAUUAGGCGAUGCGAAUUGAAUGUGUUGUUUUUUAGGUUGGUCUCUCCAAAGCUUUGGAAUAAAUUGCAAAAUACCUA